CUCGGCCGAAGUUCUCCGACAGGAGCCGAGCGGCUCCGAGCGGCUCCGAGCGGCUCCGAGAAGGUGUCAGACGUCAGAUCUCUCUCAGCAUCCAUAUUCCCGGCCGCGGAGCGGAGGGAGAGGCCGCUCGGUGACAGAGGAGCCCCGGAGGAACCCACCGGACACCGGAAACGGAGCGCGCGAUCAUGCCGUUGGUGAAGCGGAUCAUUGAGCCAAGGUAUCUGUGUCGUGGCGCCCUGCCUGAUGGCGUUGCCAGUGAGCUGGAGUGCGUCACCAACAGCACGCUGGCCGCCGUCAUCAAGCAGCUCGGAGGACUCAGCCGCCAUGCAGAGGACAUCUUCAGCGAGCUGUUCAGCGAGGCCAACACCUUCUACGUGAGGAUGAGCGGUCUGCAGGAGAGAGUCGACCUGCUGGCUGUCAAAGUCACUCAGCUGGACUCCACCGUGGAGGAAGUUUCUCUGCAGGACAUCAACAUGAGGAAAGCUUUCAGGAGCAGUACCAUCCAGGACCAGCAGGUGGUGUCCCGGAGCUCCAUCCUCAACCCCGUCCUGGAGAUGUACCAACGCAGCGACAAGCCCCCCCCCCUCAACAUCCUGACCCCCUACAGGGAUGAUAAGAAGGACGGUCUGAAGUUCUACACUGACCCGUCCUACUUCUUCAGCCUGUGGAGGGAGAAGAUGCUUCAGGCCACCGAGAACAAACGCAAAGAGAAGAGACGACAGAAGGAGCAGAAGCAUGUGGAGGAGUCUUCAGGCCGGGAGGUGAAGAAGGUUCGGAAAGCUCGGAACCGGCGACAGGAGUGGAACCUCAUGGCGUACGACAAGGAGCUCCGCCCAGACGCUCGAAUCACUCCGUCACCUUACCACACCUCUGACGGCUCCAUGUCACCUGACAGCUCCCUGCACCAUGACGCCCCGGUGCAUGAUGGGAAGGAUCCCGUCGCUGCAGCGCUGGGUGGUGGCGGUCAGACUCAGUCGCUGGACCGCGCUCUCAGACCCUCUUCUGUUUCCUCUGCGGUCGCCACGGCAACAGGUCGCCAGCACUCUCUGGGACGCAACCAGCCGCAUCACCACCAGCAUCCGCCCCCACUUGCUGGCUCGGCCAAUCAGAACGGAGCACGGACACACGCUGCCAAGGAGGCCAAUGACCAUCAGAUCCCUCCGGCCCCCCCGCCGCCCCCCCCUCUCAUGCCAUCAGCGGGUCAGAUGGCGUUCCCCAACAGCUCCACCCACUCCGCUGCCAUGGCAACACCGCUGCACCCAGCAGCUGUUCCUGGUAACCAAGGUGCCCCCCCCCUCUCUCGCCCCUUCAGCCCCUCCCCUCCCCCGCCCCCCCCGGCUAACUACAGCCCCUCCCCCUCCCGGCCCGGAGGCCAGGCUCCGCCCCUGGCCAUGGCUGCACCGCCGCUGCCCCCAGCAACGGACGGCAGGAAGCCCCCCGGUGGAAUCAUCACGCCGGUGAACGACGCACGCAGCGACCUGCUGGCCGCCAUACGCAGAGGGAUCCAGCUCAGGAAGGUUCAGGAGCAGCGGGAACAGGAAGAGGCCAAGAAACGAGAGCCGACAGGAAAUGACGUCGCUACCAUCCUGUCGCGCCGCAUCGCGGUGGAGUACAGCGAAUCAGAGGACGACUCUGAACCCGAGGACCAGGACUGGUCCGACUGACGGGUCAGAACCCAAACUCACACAGGAAGUAAAACAUCACGGAAACUGCUGCAGUCAAACACUCAAACACAGUCCAGAAAUAUCUAGAUCAUCCAGAACCAGGAAAUAUCUAGAUCAUCCAGAACCAG